AAUUUAAUUAAUAUGUAUAUAAUAUAAUCUUGGGUUAAAUGCAUGCAUGUUUUAUUGUUAAUACUUUAGAUCUAAGUGGCUUUGGUAGCCUACCUACAUUUCUCAGAUCCCAAUUGAGUUUCUCACCUCAGCAUCAUUAUGUCAAGGGUGAGUGUAGGAGGUGGACCCAAGGGCAAGGAGACCAACGCAAGACAAUGACCAGUUUUUCAACCACAGACUUGCACAAACAUUUAUGGAAUUUGAGAAUUUCCAUGGCAACGAAUAUCCAGUCACAUGAUAUGGAGAAAACAGGCCUGGUCUUUAGCAGUCCCAGCAGCAAACCUGGGAUCUUGGCAGAAAACUCAAACCACCUUGAUCAUGUCAGAAUGGGAGCAGUCGCUUAUGAAGAAAAAACACAGAGAUCUUCCUCUGGACAUUUACCUUUGCUGUGUAACCUUGACACUCCACGAAGCAGUGGCUCAGGGGACCGAGCUGUGAGGUUAGACUGCAAGUCAGAAAAGAUAGUUGAUCUUGAGCAGACUGUUGCCAGAUUGAAAAAUGCACUUGUUUCACUGGAGGAAGAAAACCUGAGUCUUAACAGAAAGAUCAAGUCAGAACGCGUGAGCUCUUUGUCCAACCACACACCCUAUGCCGUAAACACAAGAAGCACUAACAAGUCACAUGAAUUGGAUAACAGUCCCAACUCCGAACUCAAAGUCAGUUUCAACUUUGACACAACCCACCAAGAUGGCAUGAAGCAAGAUAAACUGUCUGAGCAUAGUGAGAUAGACACAUGCAAGGGGGAGAGGGAGUCCCAUGAGGAGAGGUACCUCAUCUUGACGAAAGAGAAACAGGACUUGGAGAAGAAGCUGAAAAAGACAGAGGACUAUUCCAAAGCGUGUGCCGAUGAGCUCAAAAUGCUCCUUCAAAAGUAUGAGGACUUUAAAGCCCUUAACAAAAUCCUGAAUAAACAGAGCAAGAAUCUCGCUAAGGAAAACCGCUGGUUGAAGGACACCCUGGACACUGUGCAGGCAGGGGUCAGACCCAAGGAUCCCAGUCUGUCUCUGGAGCCCAAAGAGGGAAGUGAAGGCAGGGUAAGUGUCCAGCUAGAGAUGGCCAAUGAGCGUUGUGCCAACCUUAGCCACGAGAAGGGCCAUUUGGAGGAAAAGGUGGCAUCCCUGUCCAGAGAGGUUUGUCAUCUCAAAGACGAGCUGGAUUUCAGCAAUGCUGAGAUCCACAGACUAGAGGCUGAAAGGAGCGCUAUAGAGGGCACUGCCAGGAGCCCUCCUGCUGGAAAACACCAAUCCGCACGCAUUCUUGACAGUGUGGGGAAAGAACAAGAGUCCCAUAGCACCGUGGCUCAGCUAAAAGAGGAAAACAGGACCCUCAGAGUGAAGCUGGAGGCCAACACAAAGUACAUCAAAGAGAUGAAGAGCAGCACGAGGAGGUUGACAGAAGAACAGGGUCUUCUGGAGAACUGCCUCCAUACGUUGCAGAUGGAGAGGGAUCUUCUGCAGGGGGAGGUGCGCAAGCUGCACCAGGAGUACAUAGAGCUCAGUGGCAAUGUCUCUGAACAGCUGAGGGAGAGAAGCCCUGCAUCCACCAGGAUCAUGGCUGGAUCCCACAAGAUGGCAGAUUGGACCGGUGAUGAUGAACCUAGACAUGAGAGUCCAAAGCUACCUCUGCAUAGUAGCCCUAUCACCAGAGAAAUGCUGGACAGCAGUAUUGGUAUGGUGAAAAAAUGCGGGGAGACUAUUGACCAGAUAAGGAAGCGCUUGGAGGAGGAUGAACAGAGGGGAGCGCAGAGGUACAAAAACACCAUCCAUCAGAAUGAAUGAGGUAGAGCUGAGUCCCAGACAGGAUGUUCCCAGCUGAUCCUUCUCCAUACAUGGAACUACCACAACUGUGGUACUACACUCUGAAGUACAAAAGGGGAUACAACGUAGAGCUUUGUCCAUUGCCAAGCCUGUUAGGCUAACAUAGCCUAACCAGUGGUUUAUGUUUGGAUCAUUUUAUUAUAUUUCUUAUGUGGAUA